AGCCGUCGGAGGGAGCCGGAGCGCUUCUCCGGAGUUGGUGAUCCACUGGUCGUGGUCCAACAUGCAGAAGUGAGCGAGUGGCGAGCAGCAGAGCCGAUGGGUCGUGAGGAUGUAAGCGCGUUUGAAGGCUUCCACACCCUCUACUCCAGGAAUCAUGAAUAAACUGGAGGAUAAGCAGGACCAGAUGAUACCAUGAAGAGAAGUUUACAGGCCCUCUAUUGCCAACUGUUAAGCUUCCUCCUGACCUUGGCACUGACCGAAGCACUGGUACUUGCUGUCCAGGAACCAUCUCCCAGGGAAUCUCUCCAGGUCCUCCCCUCAGGCAGUCCCCCAGGCACCAUGGUGACAGCAUCCCACAGCCCUACAAGACCCUCCUCCACGGCGACGAACCCCCAUGCCGAUGAACCCUCCUCACAGGCCGCAGCUACCACGGCAACGACAGCCCAUCCAGAUGGGCACCCUCCUACAAACACUGUUCCCACCGUCGUGGUGACAGCAACCACCCCCCCUCCCGAAAGGCCCCUGCUCACAGGUUCCCCUCCAGUUCCUAUGGCAACCACACCCUCGCAUUCAGAGGGCCGCCCCCCGGGGGAGGCCGCCCCCACCAUCCUGCUGACAAAGCCAACAGGAGUCACCAGCCGGCCCACCGCCGCAGUCCCCCGGGCUACCACCCGCAGGCCCCCCAGGCCCCCCGGCUCUUCCCGAAAGGGGGCUGGGGGUUCAUUGCGCCCUGUCCCACCUGCCCCCGGUGGCGGCUACUCUGGGAGGAAAGAAGGCCACCGAGGACGCAAUCAGAGCUCCACGCACCURGGGCCGAAGCGACCCCUGGGGAAGAUAUUCCAGAUCUACAAGGGCAACUUCACAGGGUCUGUGGACCCCGAACCCUUGGYCCUUUCCCCCAGGACACCACCCUGGGGGAACGCCUCUUCGCCACAGCCCCAGACAGUGGCUGUGACCACAGCAUCCGGAAGUACCUCGUGGGCACCCCCCACUACCCCUGCGGUGCCUGCAGAGGACAAGCCARGCCUUAGCAGAGCAGACCAGGGGGGUGUCCCCACCUUCACCAGCCCAGGAGGGGAGCCGGUCGCCACCGCUGCCUCAGGUGCCCCUGCCCGUCCACAACCUGCCCCAGUGCCUUCUCAACGCCCCCGUGGUGACGUGCAGGACAGCCCCAGCCACAGUGACUCUUGGCUUACUGUCACCCCUGGCACCAACAGACCUCCGUCUGGCAGCUCUGGGGUCUUCCCAGCUGCCCCGGGGUCCACACAGGCUGCCUUUGAUGCCAGUGGCUCAGCCCCUUCCCAGGGGAUUCCUCAGGGAGCAUCCACAACCCCACAGGCCCCAGCCCGUCCCCCCGGGGCCUCAGAAAACACUGUUUCUCCAGCCGAGGAGGAGGCAGCGGCCUCCCCCACCGUGACCGACAGGGUGCCCAGUCCUCUCUCCACCGUGGUGUCCACAGCCACAGGAAACUUCCUCAACCGCCUGGUCCCCGCCGGGACCUGGAAGCCCGGAACAGCAGGGAACAUCUCCCACGUGGCUGAAGGAGACAAGCCCCAGCACAGAACCACCAUCUGCCUGAGCAAGAUGGACAUCGUCUGGGUGAUCCUGGCCAUCAGYGUACCCAUCUCCUCCUGCUCCGUCUUGCUGACUGUGUGCUGCAUGAGGAGGAAGAAGAAGACAGCCAACCCCGAGAACAACCUGAGCUACUGGAACAACGCCAUCACCAUGGACUACUUUAACAGGCACGCCGUGGAGCUGCCCAGGGAGAUUCAGUCCCUGGAGACCUCCGAGGACCAGCUCUCAGAGCCYCGGUCCCCAGCCAACGGCGACUAUCGAGACACGGGGAUGGUCCUCGUGAACCCCUUCUGUCAAGAGACACUGUUCGUGGGAAACGAUCAAGUGUCCGAGAUCUAGCUGCAGCAGCCUUCACUCUGCCGUUCCCUAUUUUUCAUCUCUAAAUGAUAAAUAUACAAAUAUAUAUAUUAUAAAUAUAACCUUUGUGUAACCCUGACUUAAUGAGAAACAUUUUCAGCUUUUUUUCCUAAGAAUUGUCAACAUCUUUUUUAUAAGUGUGGUUUAAAAUCAGAAAAAAAAAAAACAAACUUUACAGAAUGACCCGUGGCUUUAUAAAAUAAAGGUAUUUCUAAGCAAA